UUCGCCUUUCCUGCCUCUUCUCUUGCAUCGUGCUGCGGCCUAGUGACACUCGCGCACGCAUACACACGCAAUCAUACUUUUCAAGACGGUUCUCCACUUUCCAUCUCAACCCCUUCCAGUCGCUGAUGAUUCACCAGCAAGCAUUGCCUCGCACGCUUCUCUCAACUCUAGACCUUCGGAUGUUGAGACGUGGGGAUUUUUAAUUUUUCAAUUUUGAGGGAGCCAUCGCCGCACAACCACCACCCGCCCAUUUGACCAUGGCAGCCGCGGAAAACGCACGGAUGGCUUCGAACAGGCGCAUGCUGCCUGAAACGGCUCGGGUGCAGGCUCGCCAUCUUCAGCUGACUAGGGAACUGGAAGACAUGACCAAGCAGUUCGACUAUGACGAACAGCGAGACGCAAAAGCGUUUGAAGCCACCAUUUUGGCAAUUGAAUCCGGGGCCGACGCGAAGCGGCGCGAGUUCAUCUCCCAGAUGCCCGCCAACAUGUCAAUCCCCGAUGUUUUUGAGAAUAUGCUCCUCGACAUUCGGUCGCGCGACAUUUUCAAGGCCGAGGAAACCCUGGCACUGAGGAGGGCCCAGCGCAAGAAGAUUUUUGACGCAAAGAUGCUUCAGCAUGUCGAAAAGUACAAGGCUACUCUUUUCUCUCCCAUGAUUCCGAUUCGCCCGGAGCCAAUCAAGGAGCGCGAAGUGAUGAAUUCGCCAGCCCUGGUGACACGGGCUGUACCACCAUUAACUGCGGACCAGAUGGCUUCAUCUCAGCCUAGGCGCCACAAGCCCGAGAAGGAGGGUGCUAACCCCCAAAUGCGUCGUGAGUUUGAGAGAGAGAGCGUUCACUCCCAGAUGCGCCGCGAGCCCGAGAGGGACAGCGCCCAGUCCCAAAUGCGCCGUGAGCUCGAGAGGGAGACGGCUCGUCCCCAAAUUCGCCGUGAACCAGGCCGGGAAACCUCUCAGUCUCAAAUCCGCCCUGAACCCGAGAGGGAAACAGUGCAGCAGCAGCCGCAGACCCGCGCGGAGACGACUACCGUCCCCACAGUGGUUCCGCAGCCCGCGCCCCAGUCGCCGCCCCAGUCACCGCCAAAGCCAACAUUGCAAGUUACAGUUGAGCACCCGGCACCCGUGGAUGAGCCCCGAGCUGUUGUUGAGGAGGAUCUCGGAAGGUCGUCCCCCGAUAGCAUCGUCGUCCGUAGCGACACUCCACCGCCAGAAUGCCCAAGCCGUGUUUCGAGGGAUAUUGAAUCAAAGCCAACCGACUCAGUCGUUGAAAUGGAGUUGACCGUGCACGUUUCGAGACCAGUAACUCCUGUGAGCCGCCGCGAAGGGUCGGCUGGGUCUGUGGAUGACAGUCAGCACAAGCGCAAGGCGGACGAGCUCAGCUUUUCUCAGAGUACCCAAAAGCGAACGAAGCUUAAGGAUGCGAGAGACCCGAUUGACACAGUUAGCGUCGUAGCCGACCCCAUGACACCGAGGCGUCGCGGCAAGAAGUCGGGACGUAAGACGAUUUCAUACGAUGAGGUUUUCCAGAGCGGGAAUGCGCAGUAUAAGCACAUCAUAGUCGAAUACCCGCCAAGCAGCAAUAACUUCUAUAUCCUUAAGUGUGACGAACAUGGCGUCCACUUCAACCAGAACCCUCUUGCAGGAGCCGCGAAGCAUCUCCACAGCGCUCAGCAUGGGAACAUGUCUAAAGAGCGUGCACAGGCCGUCGAGCUUCUAGGUCAGCUGGUGCUUGACUGCGACCCGAAGAAGGCUGCGGCGAACAAUGAAAUUGUUUCGAGUGCAUUUGCGAAAGGCUACAAACCUUUGAAUUUGAACCAACUCACCAAGACGGAGCGUUCCAUCUAUGGUCUCCCCCCGUUAGAUGCCCCGGCGAGCGCCCAGAAGCCGGCAUCGCAAUUCGUCCAUGAGACCCCCUCCAACUCCAGCACGUCGCUAGCACACCAGCUGCCAGUUGGCAUCAAUAACCCCACGCCUGGAGAGCUCUACCUUGGCUAUUGGACCAAGGAAAAGAAAAAUUAUGCUGUCUUGCUUCUGCCCCGAGGCGAUCUUAAAUGCGCCGGCAUGCAUGGCACGCUCUCGGAUACUGGUCUGUUGAUUAAGGCGCCCAAGUGUUACGUCAUCGAUCGUAUAUCGAUGCAGAUCAAGGGUUGGGCUCCUGGAUACGAAGACGGCGGCCCUCUGGAGAUGAAGCGUGACUUUCCUGUUAUGUACUUUGACGGAAGGCGCUCUGUUGGGUGGCUGCGGGCCAAAGACCUCUCCCCAUUCAACUUUCAAAACCCGUGCUGGAAGGACAUUCCUUUCUUCAGGGAGGCCGUUCAGCACUAUGCUCUCGUUAGAGGCUUCAAAAGCUACGACCAAAUGGUUGAAAAGAGCGGGAAUAUGAACUUGAAAAUUUGCCCAGGACAAGUCCUCGAAACGCCAACCACUACCAUCGUCGGCUAGUAAGGGGGCUCAAGAAAAGCAGACCAUCGAUGCUCAGCCCAGCACUUCUGAGAGGCGCAGUGCCCGUGUCGCAACGGUUGAAGCUGAUGAACCUGAGAUUGAGAAACGAAGAACGAAACACUCGACGGCAGAGGACCACGAGAUGACGGAUGCGCCCAACAACGAUGAGUCGGAUGACUCUUAUCAGGAGUCCAUUGGCAAGGCCACGUCGGAUUCGGAAAACGACAUCGAGAUGGCGAACACAGACAGCCGACGAACCAGUGUCUCGAACCGGGGUGAAACACGGGAGGCAGACGCGAGUGUCACUGUCUCCAAGCCGACGUCGCCGGUCGAGCCACCAAGGUCUAUUGUUGAGGUCUCUAAG